AUAUACUCAAAUCACAAACGUUAAAAUACGUUCAUUCCAACCUGUUCCUGUUCAGAAGAGGAUAUAUUUCCAAGAACUGCACGAAUAGCGCGUUAUUAUUAUAAAAUCGCUGUAGUCCGGACUCAUUUUAGUUCCUGUGCCGCGGUUUCCACACGGACUUGUUUGACAGGAGCGCCGUAUGUCUGCUUGAGAUGGCGGCCAGAUCGGAGAACGCGAGGGCCCAAUAAACAGUCAACCUGCGCGUCUACAACCUUCAGAGAAGCGCAAGCCGUGUUAUUUACCCCAUAUCUACACCCUCUAGAAACAGAAGAACGCUAUGGAAGGCGGGAAACCCACCCUGCCGCUGGUUUACCAGGCCGUGCAGGCGCUGUAUCACGACCCGGACCCUGCCGGCAAGGAGCGCGCCUCGGUCUGGCUGGGAGAGCUGCAGAGAUCGAUGUACGCAUGGGAGAUCUCGGAUCAGCUCCUGCAGCUGAAGCAGGACGUGGAAUCGUGUUACUUCGCAGCCCAGACAAUGAAGAUGAAGAUCCAGACAUCGUUCUAUGAGCUUCCCCCAGAGACCCACACCGCACUGAGAGAUUCACUCCUGUCUCACAUCCAGAACCUCAAAGACCUGUCUCCCAUCAUCGUCACACAGCUUGCGUUGGCAAUCGCAGAUCUGGCUCUUCAGAUGGCCUCGUGGAAAGGCUGUGUUCAAACCCUGAUAGAAAAAUACAGUAAUGAUGUGUCCUCCAUGCCGUUCCUGAUUGAGAUACUCACCGUUCUGCCGGAGGAGGUGCAUAGCCGCUCUCUAAGGAUCGGAGCCAAUCGACGGACGGAGAUCAUUGAGGAUCUGGCCUACUACUCUACCACAGUGGUCACUCUUCUGGUGACGUGUGCGGAGAAGUCCGGACAUGAUGAGAAGAUGCUUAUCAAGGUGUUCCGGUGUUUGGGGAGCUGGUUUAAUUUAGGAGUGCUGGACAACAACUUCAUGGCUAACAAUCAACUGCUGAUGAUUCUCUUCCAAGUGCUGCAGAGGGAUGAGACGUCCACAAACCUGCACGAGGCGGCAUCAGACUGCGUGUGCUCAGCACUGUACGCGAUCGAGAAUGUGGCUGUACACAUGCCUCUGGCCAUGCAGCUCUUCCAGGGAGUCCUCUCUCUAGAAACAGCCUACCACAUGGCCGUAGCCCGAGAGGACCUCGAUAAGGUGCUAAAUUAUUGCCGGAUCUUUACGGAAUUGUGUGAGACGUUUUUGGAGAUGACAGUAAGGACUCCUGGCCUGGGAAUGGGAGAUCUACGCAUCCUAGAGUUACUGCUUAUUUGUGCCGGACAUCCCCAGUAUGAGGUGGUUGAAAUCUCAUUCAACUUCUGGUAUCGUCUGGGAGAACAUCUUUAUAAAACGAACGAUCCGGCUCUCCACAGAGUGUUCAAGCCGUACAUACAGAGACUACUGCACAGUCUCGCCCGCCACUGCCAGCUUGACCCAGAUCAUGAAGGAGUCCCAGAGGACACGGAUGAUUUCGGCGAGUUCAGGAUGAGAGUGUCUGAUCUUGUGAAAGAUGUAAUUUUCCUAGUCGGCUCCAUGGAGUGUUUCUCACAGCUGUAUUCGACUCUGAAGGAGGGAAACCCCCCAUGGGAAGUAACUGAGGCUGUUUUGUUCAUCAUGGCUUCAAUUGCUAAGAGUAUCGAUCCUGAGAAUAAUCCCACACUAACGGAGGUGCUGGAGCAGAUAGUGUUGCUUCCCGAGACGGUCCACCUUGCUGUUCGCUACACCAGCAUCGAGCUGGUUGGCGAGAUGAGCGAAGUGAUCGACCGGAACCCUUGCAUGUUAGAUCCUGUUUUGAAUUUCCUGAUGAAGGGUUUGCGGGAGAAGCCGUUGGCCUCUGUGGCAGCUAAAGCCAUUCACAGCAUCUGCUCGGUGUGUCGAGAUCACAUGGCACAGCACUUCCAGGGCGAUCUUAGUCAUGCCUUUGUUGUAUGGCUGGUUUUGUUUAAGUAGUGUGAUUGGUUUAUCUCAGGCACAGCGUUGGUGUUGGCCCGCCUCCCCCUGGAGAAGAUCGCGGAGUGUCUGAACGAUCUGUGUGCAGUUCAGGUCAUGGCACUUAGGAAGCUGCUGGCUCAGGACUCCAGUAGUGGGAAGUCAUCAGACCCCACUGUGUGGCUGGACAGACUGGCUGUUAUCUUCAGACACACAAACCCCAUAGUAGAGAAUGGACAGACACACCCCUGCCAGAAAGUCAUUCAAGAGAUCUGGCCGGUGUUGUCGGAGACGUUAAACGCCCACCAGAAUGAUAACCGGAUAGUGGAGCGCUGCUGCCGCUGCCUGAGAUUUGCAGUGCGCUGCGUAGGCAAAGGCUCUGCUUCUCUAUUACAGCCACUUGUUACUCAGAUGGUGAGUGUGUACCAGGUGUACCCUCACUCCUGUUUCCUGUACCUGGGCAGCAUUCUAGUGGACGAGUACGGCAUGGAGGAAGGAUGCAGACAAGGCCUGUUGGAUAUGCUACAGGCUCUCUGUAUGCCGACCUUCCAGCUGUUAGAGCAGCCUAAUGGACUGCGCAAUCACCCCGACACAGUGGACGAUCUUUUUAGACUCGUCACAAGGUUUGUCCAGCGCAGUCCGUUCACAUUGGUGAACAGCAGUAUUAUCGUCCACAUCAUCCAGUGUGCCAUCGCUUCUACCACCCUGGACCAUAGAGAUGCCAACUGCAGCGUCAUGAAGUUCAUCAGAGACCUUAUUCACACUGGGGUCACCAAUGACCACGAGGAUGACUUUGAGGUGCGAAAGCGUCUGAUUGGUCAGGUGAUGGAGCAGCACGGGCAGCAGCUAGUGACUCAGCUGAUCAACACCUGCUGUUUCUGUCUGCCACCUUACACUCUGCCUGAUGUAGCAGAGGUACUCUGGGAGAUAAUGGUCUUUGAUCGGCCGACAUUUUGCCGCUGGCUGGAAACCGCACUGAAGGGUCUUCCAAAAGAAACAGCAGGAGGCGCUCUAACCGUCACACACAAGCAGCUCACCGACUUCCAUAAGCAGGUCACAAGUGCAGAGGAAUGUAAACAGGUUUGUUGGGCGAUAAGAGAGUUUACCAGGCUGUACCGAUAGCUGUCUUUUACCUGCUGAUGCUGCAAGACCAGGUCAGAUUUUUUGUUUUGCUAACAUUUGGAGGAAGUGGCAAAGGGAGCCAUGAUGACCACUGUUGAGAAACUAAAGGGAACUCUUGCAUGAAGGAUUUGUAGGACUUGGCACCAUGGGAAAGCCGACCAAUUGAAUUGGAGCUUUGGAAUGGCAGGGUUUCAGGAAAAGCAAUUUGCCUUGUGGGUGUCAAAAGACUGCAGCCCCAUCCCUCCCUUUUACCUCUAUGAGCACACUGAUGCCAGCCGCACAGAGAGAAGGGGGGGAUAUUUCGGAAGGGACACCGUCGUCUUGUGGGAGGGGGGCCAUCGAAUGGACACUGAAACACACACACACCCAUUUCAAAACAUGGAUGAACUUCUGCAUCGGUCGGAUUUCUGGGGGUCCAUCAAAAACCAACGACAAAUAAGGAUGUGCCUGGUUGCAAAUCAUAAUGCAUCAUUAAAAAAAGAGAGACUUGUAAGUUUUUAAAAACAAAUGGAGAUUUAUUUUCAUGGACGUGUUUAGAGAUCAAGAUAUGGCUUUGCUGCCAGUGCCAUAAAAACGACUACCAAAUUAAAGAUCGUCACAGCAGCAGCCUGCGCCUGUGGGACAUUUGGAAAGGGAGAAUCUUGGGAGAGUUGGCGUCACCCUUGAUCUUUUUAAAGUUGGCUGGGAUUUUAUCCGUACAGGUUAUGCUGUAAAUUAUGGAGUGGACUGACUGGCAGGGGCUUUUUUUUUGUUUUCUCACCCUAUUGGCACAUCUCGAGAUGCAGAGAUCGUCUUCGGCCGAUUGUGUGAACAAAUAAAACCAACAUUGUGAGGAACAAA